UCUUUGGCGAGCCAGGGAACAGUAUAAAACUUGACAGAAAGACGCUCACUCAUCAGCGUUUCAGCCAUGUUGGUUUUCUGUUGGUCUCUUGUCACUCUGCUGCUGCUAUCCUCUUCCUGGGCUCAGGAAGAGAUUCCUAGCACUGACGAGGACAUACCCAGAGAGCUCUCUGUAGGUCAGCUGCUGGAGAGAGCCAAUAGAAACUACACACCUGACAUUGAUGAGCCGACAUUAAUCGGAGGUGACGUUGCUAUCAAGUCUGAAGCUGACAGAAAUGCUGACCCCUGCACCUCCAGAGGCUGUAUGUGGGGAAAGUGGACUGAUGGGAAAGUCUAUGUCCCAUACUACAUUGCCAAUCACUACUCUUCCCGUGAGAUUGCCAUCAUCACUCGUGGACUAGAGUCCUUCUCUUCAGUUUCCUGCAUUCGUUUCAGACCCUACCAGGAUGGCGAUCAUGAGUGGCUGAGCAUCGAGUCCAGAAAUGGCUGCUACUCCUAUGUGGGUCGCCAGGGCGGUGGUCAAACUGUGUCUCUAAGCCGUCAGGGCUGUCUUUACCACAGCACUGUCCAGCAUGAAUUACUCCAUGCCCUAGGCUUCAAUCACGAACAGACCCGCUCUGACAGGGACAACUACAUCAGGGUGUACUGGGAAAACAUCCUCGAUGACAUGGUGUACAAUUUCUAUAAGAUUGAUACUCUAAACCAGGGAACUCCUUAUGACUACAACUCUGUCAUGCAAUAUGAGAGGUACGCCUUCUCCAAGAACAACCAACCCACUAUGGUGCCCAUUCCUAAUAGCAAUGUAAUGUUGGGUGGGGCCACUCAGAUGAGCAAAAAUGAUAUCGAUAGGUUGAACAGACUCUACCAGUGCUGUAAGUAUACUGCAACAACAAACACACAAAGUGAUACUGUACUGCAAAGUCAGCUAACUUUAAAAUGACAAACUGUGUCUGAAAAGACAAAGUCUGGAGGUCUUUAAAGCUCCCUUCUUGCAUGGAAAUCCCUUCCUCUUACACUUUCAGCUCUAGUUUUUGGGGGUGAACCUGGGUCUUCAUUCUGUGUAAGAAAUAUAUCCCAACAUUAAAGUGAAAUUAAAAAAAGCUUUAGCAGACCAAGUCAAGUAGAUAUCAUGUAAAAUGAAAAUAAGUCUCAUGCAUGGAUUUUUUGAACUGCCCUGCAGCAGGUUUGCCCCGAAUUUCCUCAAAAGAGGAAAAUGCAGAUUUCUGCAAGUGACCCAAACUAGCAUCAGUUCAUGUUCAUAUGCUAGCACCAUCUGUAGCUACACAGAAAGGAGAUCAGGGUGAACCAUCCAAUCAAAGGUUCGUUGUUUUUAAGCAUGAAAUUGUUUCUAUCCCACACAAUAUGAGACACACCAUUUAGUUAUUAUUAUUAAUUAUCCUGGCAUUGUUAAACUACAGUCACAAAGAAAUAUCCUGUCUGACCAGAUAUUUGCGUUAGAUGGCGUCAACAGUAACACUGUGAGAUCAUAUUCGACCAGGAUUUGUCCUUCAAUGUGUAAAUUAAACAGAUAUGUAGGACUGCUUUCCAUUUGUGCAAUAUCUCUAAAAUAAAA